UUAGUAAGGCUAUGUAGCCGUAUAUUUGCACUGUUGGACCAUUGGAUAUUUGAGCCACUGUUGACUUUGCGACGAUUCACUCAUAUUCUGUUGCUGUUUGUACCCGUUGCAUUAUCGGCACCGGUGGUUUUUCUGGGAAAGCGCACCAAGGAUGGAAAUCGUUCAGGAACUCUGUGGUGGUAUGAUUUCGUGGCAAUGGAGAUGGAAAGAGCAGGACCUACGUUUAUCAAGCUUGCACAAUGGAUUGCUUCUCGCACAGACCUUUUCCCAUCCGCUCUCUGUACUCGACUUUCACGGUUACAUUCUCAAGUGGACCCACAUCAGUUCUCACACACCAAGCGGGUUAUAGAAGCUGCAUUCGGUCAAAGCAUGGAGAGUGUGUUUAGCUCAUUCGAUCCUACUCCUUUGGGUGUAGGUGCAAUUGCGCAAGUUUACAAGGCAACAUUAUAUCCAGAAAUCCUCAAUGGUCACCCUGAUGAUCAGAGCUCACUUAUAAACGAUAAUAUGUCUAAAGAUACGGUCAUUAUAACGGAUAAAAAUGGAGAACAGCGCACGAUGCAUACAACAGUGGCCAUAAAGGUCAUACAUCCAAAAGCCUAUAAUAUUGUCAAUCGUGAUCUCAAAAUUAUGAACUUUUUUGCACAAGUUCUCACAUUUAUUCCCACUUUCCACUGGCUAUCUUUACCAGACGAAGUGCGAGUGUUUGGAGCAAUGAUGAAGGACCAACUGGAUCUGCGAAUAGAAGGGCGUAACUUGGAACGAUUCAACGAGCUUUUUUGUAAUUCUCUCCGGGUUGAAUUUCCGAAGCCUCUUUUAGGCUUCACAACAAAAGAUAUGCUAAUUGAGGAAUAUGAGAAUGGAAUACCAUUGAGUAUGUUUCUUGAAAAUGCAGCGUAUGCGAAAAAAAUGGGUGAACAAGUGGGAAUAUAUGACCAUAAAUUGGCAGAUAUUGGUAAGAUGUUUUGUCAUAUGCUCAUUUUCCACAACUUUGUCCACGCGGAUCUGCAUCCCGGAAACAUCAUGGUUAAGUUUUAUAAGCCAUCGGCAUAUCAUCCUCUCCGGAAGGCAUGGUCAAAUAUUACAGGAAAAGAGCUUAAAGAUGACGGAGACAAAGCAGUAGACAAGAUUAUGGCAUUACGACAUGACCCUGAGGCAGUAAGAAAAGAGCUCGACAGCCUUGAGAGUGAAGGUUAUGCUCCUCGUUUAGUCUUUAUUGACACCGGUCUUGUUAAUGAGCUGGAUGAUGUCAAUCGAAGAAACUUUCUUGAUUUGUUUCAAGCAAUUGCUCAGUUUGACGGAUAUAAGGCUGGUGAACUUAUGAUCGAACGCUGUCGAAGUCCAGAGCUGGUUAUCAAUUCUGAUAUCUUUGCUUUACGCAUGCAAAAUUUGAUUAUUGGACUGAAACAGAAUACCUUUAAACUUGGUGCAGUGAGGAUUGGUGGUCUUUUAAACGAAACAAUGAAUAUGGUGCGGUCUCAUCACGUAAAACUAGAGGGAGACUUUGUAAAUGUGAUUGUCAGCAUUAUGCUUCUUGAAGGUAUUGGUCGCCAGCUAGACCCAGGACUAGACCUCUUCAAAAUGGCAUUACCUGUUCUUCGUGAA